AAAGAAGCCAUUUUUUUGUGUGGUUGGUUUGGUUUAGGGAUAAGGGAGAGAUGGGACACGUAAUGCGGCAGCUGCUGAUAAACUCUCCUUCUUCCUCGUCGUCCCUUCUUCUUCUUCUCCGGUGCCGGACUACUCUUGACUCAAAUUCUGUCUUCUCUCUGAGAACCUCUGUUACCAAAAGCAAAGCCAGAUUCUCUUGUCUUUUCUCUGGCGGCAACAACCAGAGACAGGAGCAAGCUCGUAAAGCAUUGGAAAGCGCUCUUGGUGGGAAGAAAAAUGAGUUCGACAAAUGGGACCAAGAGAUCAAGAAAAGACAAGAAUCCGGUGGUGACGGUGGCAAUGUAGGAGGAGGAGGUUGGUUUGGAGGUGGUGGUGGAGGCUGGUUUAGUGGCGAUCAUUUCUGGAAUGAAGCACAACAGAUUACCAUUACCCUCUUUGCAAUACUUUUCGUGUAUAUGAUAGUUGCUAAAGGUGAAGUAAUGGCUGCAUUUGUGUUAAACCCUUUGUUGUACGCCUUGCGAGGAACACGAGAAGGUUUGACUUCUCUAACCUCCAAGCUCAUGGGAACACAAGUUUCCAAAGUAAAUGGUGAUAACUCAGAGGAGAUGUGGAGGAAGGAAGGUUUGGUCUCUGCUAAAGAAAGCGUUGUCCGGAAAUGGGGAAGUGACUGAAACAAAGUUCAUGAAGUUGACUCAACAAGAAUAUUACGGUUUCUUUUAAUACGUCAAGAUGAGAUCAAAUGCAAUAGACUGCCUUUUGUUUUGUAAUGAAGGAUAGGUACAUUUUUGAUCAUGACUUAGUAAACAACAAUUUUUCUUGGUAAUGUGACUAUGUCUUAUAUGUUGUGCUCAAUAAAUAAUGUAAUCGACCGAAUCAAAGAUGAUGAACUCGGAUUGAAGAACAAUGUAGAAAUGUGCAAUAUCCUUGUUU